UAUUGAAAAGGUAAAUAAACAAUUCUGACCUCUAUGUAAAUCAAAGCCAGUUAACUAGCACGUGAUGGCUACGGCGCUAUUUGAGUGGCUCGUAGGAUUGUCGUGGGUAUUUUACAAACUUAGCGAGGCAGGGGUACGAUUGUCAUUCAGACGACUGCAGCAGGGACUCGCUUCUAGCCCCGAGGCUGUCAUCAUGGACCCGGAGGUGGGAAAAAUAUCGAAAAAUCUGGUGAAGAGUGUUACAACGGGCGAGAAUGUUGCCAUAGAAACCUUCUGGAAGACACAGUCAUGUGUAAUAGUCUUCUUGCGGCGGUUCGGAUGACCCUUUUGUCGCCUCUCAGCGAGGCAGAUCAGCGCCCUAAAACCUCAGCUUGAUGCCAUCAACGUUCGGUUGGUAGGUGUCGGCUUAGAGGAAUUGGGGCUCGAUGACUUCAUGAAAGGAGAAUUUUUUACCGGAGAUUUAUUUCUAGAUUUAAAGAAGCAAUGCUAUAAAGAUUUAGGAUUUAAAAGACUCAACUUUUUUAGCCUUUUCCCUGCCAUUUUUGCCAAAGUUUCUCGAGAUGCUAUGGACAAGGCCAAAAAAGAAAAGAUAGAUGGCAAUCUUAAAGGGGAUGGUAUGCAGAAUGGAGGCAUUCUAAUAGUGGAUGCAGGUGGUAAACUAUUGUUGAGCUUUAAACAGGAAAAUCCAGCUGAUCAUUUGGAAUCCAGUGAGAUUCUAAAGGCCGUGGGGAUUAAAACCGAGGAUGUACCAUCCCCAACUCCUUUGGCUAACGGUGACGAACAAACUUCAAAUCCCACAGAGGACGGAGCUAAGGGGACAAGUGUUGACCAGCCCUCGUAGAUAACCUGUAUCAGGAAGCGAAGGAAUUUAUGCUGACAAUCUACAGACAGAAAUCCUAUAAAAGUCCUGGUGAUUCGUGGAUUGAGGACUAAUUUAUUUAACAGUGCUUGUUAGUGUUCUAGAUCAAAAAUUAAAAAAAAAUAUUGAAAAAAAAAAAAAAAAUUUGAUGUUUAAUUAAAUAUCCCUAUAGGCCAGACAAACCUGUAUUUCCAGUAACUUGUGUAAAAAUGAUACAAGAUGUAAAUGAAGUCCUGAAAGCCAGACAUUUAAUUUUGUUCAUACCUAAUCAUUUUUUUCAUACAUACUAUAAGCUUUUUACAUCUAUUCAGUGUGCUUGUUUUAAAUUUGCAUGAAAUGUUUCUUGAUAGGUACCCUGUACCUAAAUAAGAACCAAUCAGAGUACUGGAAAUACAGGUAUAUGUAAAGGGCCAUACUGCCAUUGUAUAUUGUAUGUGUAUAAUAUGCAUUGCCAAUUUAUGAUAAAUUUACGUUGUGGUAUAAAGAGUUGUGUUUGAUAUAUUGAAAUUCUAACUACACCUUUUAGAUUUAUGACGCCUUAUCUUUUAAACCUGUAAAGGAUGGGAUUUGGCAGAGUCGUUCCCCUUUGGGAACUCUAUUGUGUUGUUAACAUUUCUUUGCAUCAUUCACACAUUUUAUUUUAUUUUUGUGUUGUACAAUCAUGUAAUAUUCCAUAUUUUUAAUGUGUAUUUAAAACUAUGUUAAGUGACUCUAUGUAAUGUUGAAGAGUGUUGGAAGGAAAAUGCAUUUAAUAAUAUUAUUUAGAAUCUUUACACAAUUGUUUUAAUUAGGCAAAUCAUUAUUCAGCCGCUAGAAUAUAAGGUUCUUUACUCUUGUCUGAACUUAUCUGGAGAUAUUAUAUAUAAGGCAUCUGCCCGAACCAAGUACUAUUUAAUUGUAAGAAUAAUUGUUUUCCUUUAAAAGUUCUUCAAAGUAGCAUUUAAAAAAAAAAAAAAAUUGAUUUUGACAAAUGUAUUUGACAUGAAAAAUUCCUCCACGACUGGUUGUGUCUCAUGGAGUUGUUAUAUUAUAAAUGGAUGUCCUUUACAGUUCAUAUAAUGUUGACACCUUAAUUAAGCUGAAUUUCUAUAUGGUGUGAAAAUGUGUGUAGAUUAUUGCAAUUCUUAUUAAGAAACCAUAAAGAAAAAAAUGCUUUUCUUAUUCAUUUGAAUUUUCAAGAAAAUUUUGAAAAUACCGGCUGACAGAAAAGGCAAAUACAGUACUUUUUAAAUUAAUUAAUGUUGAUGUUCUUGAAAAGUCUAUAAAAACAUCUUGAUUAUAGCAUGUGUUGUGGAUAUUACCUCUAUUCUCUUGGAACUUGCCCAACAUUGACUUGGCACAGAAUCCUAACCCUUCGGUUCACAGUCAUUCGUGUGCUAUAAGUGUCCAUGUUGGGAAUUUCAUUUUGUGCCAAGUCCCGUUGACUUCAUAGAUAAUGUUUAAAGUCAAUAAGCUACAUCCUUACCAUGUGUUAUUGUUGUUAUAUUCAAAUAAAUCGUUAUAUUCAAUUGAAAAAAGGCA